UCCCACCAGUAGGAACUUGACCACCCGCCCCCCGCCGCCACCGAAAGACCCUAGCUGGGAUGAGGAACGCUAGUGCCAACGUCCGUACGCUCUCUUUCGCCUGCCAAGGAAACACCCCAAUAGGCCGCCACCACCAGCUGGCCCGGGCAGCGGCGGGUGACAACCGCGCUGCACCCACGCUCCUGAGCCGGGAUCCGCCUCUGUUUCUGCCGGCACCCGGGAAAGCCCACCCAUCCUCUGCACUAACCUGGCGGCCUGGGCCCAGCCCGGAUUCCCACGCCCGCCCUGCUCCACUGGACUAGGCUGCUUCCGGGUGUGCGCGGAGCGCAGGGGCGGCGCCCCAGCCGGAGCAGCCCCGUCAGCCCGGGCGUCCCGCCCCCCGUGUUCCCUGUGACUCCUUCCCUCCCACUGUCCUCAGGCGCCAGUCCACAGCCUCUGGGCAAAGCCCCCUUGGUCCGUUAAGCAGGCAAGAACUGCUGUUAGCACAGAGCUCCCACCCCGUCCACGGUCAUGACAGAGCCUGGAGAGCAACUGCCAGAGGAGGUGCUGGCGCUUAUCUUUCGCCACCUGCCCCUGCGGGACCGUGCCACUGCCUCCAGGGUCUGCAGAGCCUGGGCUGCUGCUGCUACCUGCAGCGCGGUGUGGCACGACACGAUCAUCAGUUACGACUGUGAGCGAGAAGGUACGCUGCUACCAUAUCUGUCCGCCUGCCUGGACCACGUUCACAAUCUACGGCUGGAAUUUGAGCCGUCGAGGGAGCCGAGCCGCAGGGCGGCCACUGAGUUGCUGACGGCACUGGCGGGUCGUACCCCAGGGCUUCGAAGCCUGCUCCUGAAUUGCCACGGAGAAAAGCCCCUCUUCGACGCAGGCCGCGACAUCCUGGACGCCGUGCACGCCAUCUGUCGGGCCUCCUGCGCGCUGCGUCACCUCGACCUUCGGCGCUUGCCUUUCACACUGGACGACGCACUGGUGCUGCAGGCGUCACGCGGCUGUCCCGAGCUCCGAAGCCUUUUCCUAAACAACUGUACGCUGGUGGGCAGCGUGAGUCCAGACUCCGUGCUAGAGCUACUGAAGGCCUGCCCGCGUCUGCGCGCCCUUGGGCUGCACCUGGCCAGCCUGUCGGGCACCGCCCUCCAGGUGUUAGCGGCGCCAGACCGCGCGCCUUUCGCUCACUUGGCCCUACGGUGCGCGUGCCCCGAGGACGUACGCGCGCCCCCCUUGCCCGAGGAAGACUGGGCCGCAGUGCGCCGCCGCCACCCAAGACUGGUCGUGGAGCUGGAGCUGGAGCCAGCGCUGCCUGACGAGAGCGUGACGCGGGUCCUGCAGCCUGCCGUGCCAGUGGCUGCGCUGCGCCUCAGUCUCUCUGGGGACACCGUAGGUCCGGUGCGCUUUGCUGCGCUCCACUAUGCCUCAACCUUGCGCGCGCUCGAGGUGCGCGCCGCUGCCUCAGCGGAGUUGGACGCCGCGCUGGAGUUGCUGGCUGUGCGCUGUACGGACCUGCGCGAAGUACACUGCUUCUGCGUCGUGCGACCCUCAGUGCUGCACGCCUUCCGCGCGCACUGUCCGCGCCUGCGCAGCUACACGCUCAAACUAACCCGGGAGCCACAUCCCUGGCUGCCCACUCUUGUGGCGUGA